AUGUCUACUGCUAUCUAUUAUUCAACUCAUAAUAUGCACGCAAAUGAUGAUAUAACUAAUAGUGGUUCUACUACUGCUACUACUACUACUACUACUACUACAUCGUCUGGUAAUUCUGGUACCAAUUCAACCAAUUCCAAUCAAAUUAAUCCUACUACAACAGUCAACAAUCCUAAUAAUGGUUUAAAUUCAACUAAUAAAAAUCAUACUACUUUAUUACCUUCUUUGGCUCAUAUUAUGCCUAGUAAUAGUACUAAUAAUACCAAUAAUAAUGGUUCUUCAAUUGAUAUAACUUCGACUCUUAUUAAUCCAUAUUCAAGUGGUGCUGCUGCUGCCGCUGCAAUCGUUGGUAAUGGUGGUAAUGGUGGUAAUGGUGGAUAUUAUCAUCCUCCACCUCCACAUUCUCAACAACAACAACAAUUUGAUACUUCUUAUUCUAAUCAAACUACUCCAACUUCAGCUUAUACCAAUUUCAAUAAUGAUUCAACUCAUUCACCAACUGAUAUUCUGAUGCAACAAAAUAUGAAUAAUUUAACAUCUUCAUCAACAGGAAAUAUGUCCAUGGGUAUUAGUGGUAUUGAUGGGACAUUCUCUCAUCAUAAUAAUAAUAACAACAGUAUUAACAACAACAACAAUAAUAAUAAUAAUAAAUGUAUUUGUAAAUCAAAAGUCAAUAAAAUUCCUCGUCCAAGAAAUGCAUUUAUUUUAUUUCGACAAAAAUAUCAUCAAAUGGUAUUAGAUGAAGGUACUGUUAUUAGAACUAAUCCAGAAGUUUCUCGAGAAUUAGGUAGACGAUGGAGAGCAUUAUCACCUCAAGAAAAAGAACAUUGGAAUAAUCUUGCUGAAGAAGAAAAAAAAAAUCAUGCUAAAAAAUAUCCUGGGUAUAGAUAUACUCCAAGAAGAAAUGGUAGAAAUAAAAAUUGUCCUGUUUGUAAAAAUAAACCAAUUACUACUACUACUACUAAUAAUAGUAAUAAUAAUAAUAAAGCUGCUUCUAUUAGUGGAAUGAGUAUUAAUGGUGGUAAUAAUAGUAUAUCAGGUGUUAGUAGUAGUGGUAGUAGUAGUAUUCUUAGUGGUGGAUUAACUUCUCGUGAUAAUUCAAUUAAUAAUCCUAAUGGUAUUGAUUAUCAACAACAAUUACAACUACAACAACAAGCUAUACAAUUUCAAUCAUUACCACCAGAUCAAUAUCAACAAUUACUUAAACAACAACAACAACAACUUCAAUUACAAGCUCAACUUAAUGGUAGUGGUGGUGGAGGUGGAGGUGGAGGUGGUAGUAGUGGUAUAAUUACUAAUCCACAAACUAUACCUCAAUAUAUUACUAAUGGGAAUUAUCCAUCAUAUAUAAUUUCUCCUAAUCCUUAUUCUACUAUUAGUACAACUGGUCCUAGUACUACAACAACUACUAAUACAUCAUCAUCAUUAUCAUCAUCAAUAGGAUUAUCAGUACCUCCAACAGCUACCACUGCAACAACAAAUACAAACACAAAUACACAUACAUCAUCAUCUUCACAACCAACAUCAGCAAAUUCUCAAUUACAUUUUUAUGAAGCUGAAAAAUUAUCUCCAGUAUCAUCAACUCAUCAUCAAAGUAGUAUAAGUGAAAUAACUCAACAACAACAACAGCAACAACAACAACAAUUUUUGUAUAAUGCUAAUUAUAGUACUUUACCACCUACUACUAAUAAUAAUACUACUAAUACUACUACUACUAUGCAGCAACAACAUUCCGCAAGUACAGGAAAUGAAUAUAGUCUUAAUGGUGGUAAUAAUAAUAAUGGGAAUACAACUGGAUAUGAUAAUAGAUUUAGUUAUGGUCAACCUAUGAUAAUCACUGGUCAACCUCAACAACAACAAGGUCAUCAUGGACAACAUUAUAAUAAUGGAUUACAUCAUACUACUCAACAUUAUCAACAUCAACAUCAUCAUCAUCAACAACCUCCACAAUGA